AUGGGCAAUAGCCACUCGUCGGCGUCCAACAAGUCGGGCACGGCUGCGUCGUCGCCGUCUGCCGCGCAAAACGCCUCGGCCACGACGCCAGGCCACCAUCACCACGACCGCCCACACCGCAAGGAGCCCCGCAACAUCAUUCCCCCACACACCACCCACCGCUCCGCGGCACCCCCCGAGGCCUCGCUGGCCCAGGCCCAGGGCUCGACCGUCGUCAGCUGGCCCAAGAGCCUCCCCAGCACCGCCGUCUCCUCGCUGAGUGGCUCGCCGCACAGCAACUUCUCGACCCCGGCAAAGCCCGCCGACGUCCGCGCCUCCCGUGACGAGCCCACCAAGCCCGUCGACGUGCCCACCGAGUCGUCAUCUCUCCGCUCUCACCCUCACCACGGUUCUCAUCCCGUCACCGACAUGUACCUGAGGGGCCCCCCUCGCCUGCCACUCCCCAUCGAGGAGGAGGUGCACACGCCCGGCUCUCCCAUCCUCGCCCCCGACGAGGCCUUUGGCGAUGUCGAGCUCGGCGCCGAGUCCUCGGACGGCCUCACCAGGAAAAGCUCCGCCCUGAGCGCAAAUACGGUCGAUGACGAGGAGUCGGAGGAGCUGCGCGUCGACAAGACGCGGCCCGUCGUCCCCACCCGCCUCGAGUGGAAGCGCGGCGGCGACAAGAUCUACGUCACGGGCACGAUUUUCCAAUGGAAUCGGAAGCAGAGGUUGCACCCCGUCGAAGGCAAACCGGGAUGUUUCGCGGCCACGAUCCACAUCCUCCCCGGCACACACCAUGUGCGCUUCCUCGUCGACGGGAUCAUGCAGACGUCGCCGGACCUGCCCACGACGGUCGACUUUGGCAACAACCUCGUCAACUACAUCGAGGUCAACCCGGACGACCUCCCUCUGGCCCAGAAGCAGGGGGGCGGCGGGGCGCAGCUCGAGGGCGAGGCAGAGGGCGCGUUGCGGUCCGGCUCGCAGGCAAAGGACCAGCCCCGGCCGGCCAAGGGCAGGGCCGUCGACCCGCCCGCCAGCUACCAAAACGCCAUCCCCCAGUAUCUGCUCGACUUUGACCAGCCCGAGGAGUCGCCGGCCUACCGCAACGCCGUCGCCGCCAUUGAGAAGCUGCCCACGCCCCCAAGCCUGCCGGGCUUCUUGGGCAAGCCCAUUCUCAACGCGGCGACGCUCAUGAAGGACGACAACAGCGUGCUCAACAUGCCCAACCACACGGUCCUCAACCACCUCGCCACAAGCAGCAUAAAGAACAAUGUCCUGGCCGUCUCGGCGACGACGAGAUAUCACAACAAGUACGUUACGACCAUCAUGUACAAGCCGACCUCGGCGGACGAAGGAUGA